CUGUACAAGGAGGCCAUGAUGGAGGAGCACCAGCCUCUUAUAUCACAGGAAAAUUCCAAUAAGAAUUCUGAGGGAAACCUCAUGUUAUCACAAAAUUAUAAAGCAGAAGAUGAAGAUAUCAUGCAGUGCUCUUCAGGAGAAAAUGUACAUCCAGGACUUCUCAGUACAGAUCUAUCAAGUAAUCUCCCUAAUCAUAAAGGACCUUCUCCUGACCAAUCAUGGACUGUUACAAGUGCAGGUCAGAAAGGGGGUAAAAGGUUUCACUGUGAUAAAGCGUUCACAAAGAGAUCAAGACUUUCUACACACAGAAAAUGUCACACAGGGAAAAAACCGCACUCCUGUUCAGAAUGUGGGAAGUGCUUUACAAAUAAACAAUAUUUUGUUAAACAUAAGAAACUUCACACAGGAGAGAAACCUCAUACAUGUCCAGAAUGUGGAAAAUGUUUUACAGAAAAACAAUGUCUUGUUAGACAUGUGAGAAUUCACACAGGAGAGAAGCCAUAUUUAUGUUCAGAAUGUGGGAAAUGUUUUACAGAAAAACAAUAUCUUGUUAGACAUGUGAGAAUUCACACAGGAGAGAAGCCAUAUUCAUGUUCAGAAUGUGGGAAAUGUUUUACAAUGAAAUCACACCUUGUUAGACAUGAGAGAAUUCACACAGGAGAGAAGCCGUAUUCAUGUUCAAAAUGUGGGAAAUGUUUUAUAGAUAAAUCAAUUCUUGUUUGCCAUGAGAGAAGUCACAUAGAGGAGAAGCCUUAUUCAUGUUCAGAAUGUGGGAAAUGUUUUAUAAAAAGAACACAACUCGUUACACAUCAGAUAAUUCACACAGGAGAGAGGGCGUAUUCAUGUUCAGAAUGUGGGAAAUGUUUUUUUAGAAAAUCAAGUCUUGUUAAACAUGAGAAACUUCACACAGGAGGUAUACUAUAUUCAUGUUCAGAAUGUGGGAAAUGUUUUACAGAUAAAUCAAAUCUUGUUUUGCAUGAAAGAGUUCACACAGGAGUGAAGCCAUAUUCAUGUUUAGAAUGUGGUAAAUGUUUUACACGGAAAUCACACCUAGAAAGACAUGAAAGAAGUCAUAGAGGAGAGAAGCCAUUUUUAUGUUUAGAAUGUGGGAAACGUUUUACACAAAAGCCAAGUCUUGUUGCACAUCAGAGAAGUCACACACGAGAAAAGUAGAGAAGAGCAAAUUACUUGAAAUAUGUUUUAAUUAGGGUACAAAUAAAUUCAACCCAAAUUGAAAGUGCUAAUAUUGAGCGUUCACAAAGACAUGAUUAAACGUUUCACCGUGCGCAUUCGCCAGAAUGGUGGACACAUCGCACACGUCAUGUAAAGACUUUUUAGGAAACCUUGAACCCACUUAUAUAUAGAUAUAUAUCACAAACUGAAAAUUCCAGUGUUUUUUUUAGUAAAUCUAGCCAUUGUUGACAUAGCACAUGACCUCCUUCCGACUGGAAAAGCCUGAGCUGAAUUCAAUAUGGUGGUCGAAGAUCAAAUAACGCAGCCUCUCUACCAAUUAAUACUUUCACAGAUUGGAAGUAAAUUUUCUAUAAAUUGCACCAUUGAAAACUUUGUGAC